AUGGGUAUCCCACUGUGGCGCGAGCCGUCCGAGUCAGAUGCUCUCAGAUCGGCCGCGGUAAAAGAUGCUACGGCUGCUGCACGAUCUGCCAUUCGGCGCCAGGGUUCGAUUCGACGUCCCUCGCGCCACAGACGUGGUGCUGGUGGCUUAUCCUAUUUCCAUACACAGAUCCUUGAUGAGAUCCAGCGUGGUUUGGGUGAGACCCAAACGGGUGUGCGCUCUCCUGUGCUGAACCUGGGAGUCAGUGAAGACGGACUAGAUCUAGACUCCAGUCGUCGCGAAGCUUUAGGCCGACCUCCCACGCGCCCAAUAGCACCUCGCCGGGGAGACACUUCGAGUCGACGUCCUCGAAUGAAUCGGGAGAUGGCUUUGUCUGAUCUACUCAGUCGCUCGGAAUCUCACUCUCAAUCCCGACCUGAGGCGCGCGUCGAUAGUCCCUCAUUAACUCCCAACUUUGCCCCUGCAAUCGCGUACCAUACCUCAGUUCCACCUCACCCUCCCUCGGAGUCUAUCCGACACCCUACACUCCCUCCCCCUCCCCGCUUGCGGAUCCCCGAUAUCCCUGAUCUGACGUCCGAUAUUCUACUUGGAUUCCCCAACGUUCUCCGUAACGGAUCUGUCAACAGACCUACUCGCGCGUCUGCCAUCGAUGGACUUGGUGAUCGGCAACGAAGCGUGAGCCCAGAUGGAGACCAUGAGAACGACGCAUGGGAAACAUUGCUCACUACUAUUACCCCGGAUGCUAGCCUUCCUUCUAACGAUAACUCUUUCUCUUCGUCGACUACCGCCCCCACUACUACCGGCGCCUCUCGCAAUGGCCUACGUCGAUACUCUGCUACUUCAUCUCAAACAUUACCCCCUGUUCAUAUGGCAUUAGACCCUUACCCCGACCACCUCAAUCCUUGCGACCUGAGCUCGUCGGAUGACGAGGAUACCCCCGUCAAUUACCACCGUGUCAUUGGCCCAUCUGGUCUGCCUAUUGCGCUACGUCGGCCACCAGGGCUUCCUUCGACCAUGGGCAGCCAACCUACUAUUCCUACAAUUUCCUUUGCCUUCUCGGAUUCUUCGAGCGAAACAGACCUCCAGCAAAUGCAGGCCAUUCUGGACCGUCUUGCUCGCCGUCAAGAUAUCCCCGAUGAUUGGUGGGCGGGCGCUGGUCUCUCCCGUAACCUGGGCCGUGGCCUGAACACUGGCACCAACGCCCGUACAAACAACCAUGAGCGCGCCGAAUGA